AUGGGAGAAUGGAUUGUCAAUGAAUUACCUAAGUGGAUUGUUGUGACUGUAUGGCUGCUGAUUAAUACUGGUAUCUUUAUUGGAACAUUUUUCUCAUACAAAAAUGACAUUGAGUAUUUUUAUCUGCGUCUUAUUGUUGGGGAUGCAUUAUGUUUUGCCAGAGCCAGUGCUGCCUGUUUGAAUUUCAACUGUUUUCUUAUACUAUUACCUGUCUGUAGAAAUUUUAUAUCCUUCUUACGAGGAACAUGUGCUAGAUGUCAUCGAGCGAGACGCCAGUUACAUAGACAAAUUACUUACCAUAAAUACAUAGCCUAUAUGAUAUGUUUACAAACAGCAAUUCAUAUAGCAGCUCACUGUUUUGAUUUCGAGUUUUUGAUAGAAGCCUAUGAUAGUCCCACAAAAUCCAUUCAAGCAAUAACCAAUUUAGAUACAAGCAACAAUGGUACAUGGUUGAAUCCUGUAAGAGUUCAGGGAACUGAUGCUACUCGAGAAGUAUUUAAAACUAUAGCAGGUGUAUCUGGUGUGAUCAUAACAUUAUGUUUAAUAUUAAUAGUAUCUUCCUCUACAGAAACCAUCAGGAGGUGGUAUUUUGAAUUAUUUUGGUAUACUCAUCACUUGUUUAUAAUAUUUUUAAUAGGAUUUGUUAUUCAUGGUAUUCAGGGUAUUAUAAGACACCAAACUAACGUGUCUAGUCACAAUCCAGAAAAAUGUUACACAAGACAUGAUGAAUGGGGCACAAGUCCUGACUGUAAAAUACCCCAAUUUGCUGGUUCUUCACCAAAAUCUUGGAUCUGGAUUCUGAUACCAGUAAUAAUCUUCAUCAUAGAAAGAGGGAUCAGAUUUUAUAGAUCUUUGCAACAAGUUGUCAUCACAAAGGUUGUGAAACAUCCAUCUAACGUAUUUGAACUACAGAUUAGAAAGAAAAGUUUUUAUGCUGAUCCAGGACAAUAUAUAUUUCUUCAUUGCCCUAGUAUAUCAUUGUUAGAAUGGCAUCCAUUUACAUUAACCUCAGCUCCUGGAGAAGAAACAAUAACAGUACAUGUUAGAAGAGUUGGCGAUUGGACUGAAAAAUUAGCUAAGUCUUGUCACGUUGAUGAGGGAGAAUUUCAAGAAGCAUGGAAAAUGCCAAAGAUUGCUAUAGACGGACCUUAUGGAACUUCAACAGAGGAUUGUUUCCGGUUUGAUGUGGCUGUUUUAAUUGGUACAGGCAUUGGUGUUACUCCUUUUGCUUCAGUAUUAAGACAUGUCUGGAAAAAAUACUCAACCAGAAGAAAUGAAUUACAGCUCAAAUAUGUCCAUUUUUAUUGGGUGUGUCCGAGUACAAGCUCAUUUGAAUGGUUGCAAGAACUACUGAACUCUCUGGAAAGUCAGAUGGCUGAGAUGGGAAGUGCCAAUUUUUUGAGUCAUAAUAUUUAUCUAACUUCAGGUUGGGAUUCUAAUCAGGCUAAAAAUAUAGUCCUUCAUAAUGAUGAAGAAAGAGAUGCUGUAACUGGUCUUCAACACAAAACACAUUAUGGCCGACCCCAGUGGGACAAAAUAUUUUCAGAUCUAGCUGUCUUUCAUAAAGGAAUGAAACUUGGAGUAUUCUUCUGCGGACCAAAAUCCUUAUCAACCUCUCUACAUAGUCUCUGUAAUAAACAUUCUACAGAGUCAGUUGGUACCAGAUUUUAUUAUAACAAGGAGAAUUUUUAA